CAGUUGAACUCAAUUAUGAAGACGUUCAUUGUGUUGAGUCUGACGGUGGCACUGGUGGCCGGUGCCAGCCUGGACAAGUCCUCGGCCAAGGAAGCGCAGGACCGUAAACUGGACGGACAGUCCAAGAAUCAUGGCAAGCGUGGCCUUCUUGACUACGGCUAUGGUUAUGCGAAGGAACCGGAACUACAGGGUGGCUUCAAGCCUUCCUUCGGCUACGACAUCACCGUGAACGAGCAUCACGUGCCACAGUUUAAGACCUAUUCUGCCCCCGAAUACCAUCACAAUCAGUACGCUCCGUACCACAAGGAACCUACCGUGUACAACUGGAAGGAAGAGAAGCACACCAUCAUCACCAAGAAAGUCCCCGUACCGUACCCGGUGAACGUGGAAAAGCAGGUGGUCAUUGAAAAGAAGGUCCCGGUGCAUGUGCCAGUGAAGGUGCACGUACCGUACCGAGUGGAGGUUGAGAAGAAGGUCCCGGUGUACGUUGAGAAGAAGAUUCACGUCGAUCGUCCCGUGCCGUACCCGGUGAAGGUGAAGGUCCCAGUCUACCACAAGGUGGAAGUCGAAGUUCCCAAGCCAUACCCGGUGCACAUCCCCAAACCGUACCCGGUGUACAUCGAGAAGGAGGUCCACGUCCCGGUCGUUCAUCGUGUGGAGGUUGAGAAGCCAUACCCAGUGUAUGUGGAGAAGCCGGUACUAGUGGAACAGCAGGUUGAACAGCACGAGCAUGAGCAUAGCCACGAGCAUGAGCAGAGCCACGAGCUUCAGCUUCACAGCCACGAGCAAAGCAGCCACGAGCUGCAGAGCCAUGAGCACAGUCACGAGCACAGCCACGAGCAUAGCCACGAGCAGGAUCAUACCGUGCAUCACAACAUUCGCCCAGUUGGCAUCAAGUCUACGGACUUUAUCUCAGAGCCAAUCAAUGUCGCCGAGCACGAACAUCAGUACGGUGAGGAGUCGCAGAAGAUCGAACGUAAGGUAGAGAGCGACCAGAAGGCUGCUUCGGAUGCUGCCAGCGAACAGUCCAAAGAGGCGGAAAAGCCCACCGAAAAGGAAUCUGCUCAAAAGAGCCUCAAGUAUCACCAAAUUGUCACACUUCUCACGCUGUCGGUAGCAAAUGCGCAUUUAUUUAAGAAAAAAAUGAUCCUCACCUCUGAAGCCGACGGUGGCCAUUCCGGUGGAGGUGGAGGUAGUUUUUCGCUGGGUGGCGGAAGCUUUGGCCUAUCUUUCGGAGGUGGUCUACAAGGAGCUGGUGGUGGCCAUGGAGGCUCUGUUGGAGGAGGCUAUGGAGGAGGAUCCGGUGGUCCGAGCUACUCAAGCGGGGGACAUGCUGGAGGAUACGGUGGAGGUGCCCCAAGCCAUUCCGGUUCAGGUGGUGGUGGUCAUCAAGUAGCUGGAAGCACUGCUUUCGCAAGUGCAAGUGCAAGUGCCAGUGCAAGUGCGGGAGGUGGUUCCUCGGGAGCACACACCGGACAAGGUGAUCAUUCCGGUUAUGCUCCAGCAUACGGAGGAUCGGGUGGAUACGGAAAUAAUGGUGGUAAUGUUGGUGGACCUGCAGUACAUGCACCGUCCGACCAGCUAACACCUCCUGCAGGUACAGGAGGGUACCAAGGGUCUGGUGGAGCAUCUCACAGCUAUGGCAACAGUUUCGCGAAUGCUGGAGCUAGUGCAGGAGCACAUGCCGGUGUGUCUCAAGGUUCUACGGGUGGUUCUUAUCAAGGUGGAGCUCCACAACAGUCAUAUGGCGCCGCUCCUUCCAGUGGAUAUGGGGGACACAGUGGACCUGCACCUUCCAACGGACAUGCUGGACACGGUGGGCAUGGUUUCACGAAGCAGAUCACCAUCACCAAACACGUCGAUAACAGUCCUCCGCCGCGUCCGAUCGUUAUUGAAAAGCCUGUCCCAGUGCCGGUCGAUCGACCCUACCCGGUGUACAUCGAGAAAGAGGUGCCGGUGGUGAAGGAGGUUCCGGUUCACUCGGGAGGCGGUGGUGGUGGAGGCAGUUACGGAAGUGGUUCGGGUCAUGCUGGAGCCAGUGCUAGUGCAAGUGCGAGCGCACACGCGGCAGCAAGUGCCGGUGGAUUCGGUGGUAGCUACGGUGGUGGUUCUAACGGCGGUGGUUACGGAGGUGGAAGCGGACACGUUGGAGGAGGUUACGGAGGUGGAAACGGGGGAGGGGUUGGAGGAGGCGGUGGAUACGGUGGAGGUAGCCAUGGUGGAGGUCAUGGAGGCGCAUCGUUCACCAAGACGAUUACGUUCGAGAAAACCUUCAACAAGCAUAAGCACCAUCUCCAUCACCACGGAUGGUAG